AUGGCUACCUCCAUAUGUACGGUGGAACUAACCUUAAUAGAUGCUGAAACUAACAAAACUUAUAACGUUGUAGUGAAUGAAGCAGACGCAGAACGAGCCAAAAAUGAUACAAUGUUUGCAACUACGUUGUUGGAGAAUGCAAAACAAUGCCAACAAAUUUAUAACGUACCUGAUGAUAAUAAUAAGGAAAAUAAGAAAUCUAGUCAAGAACAGCAUAAUUGGACGAAGCAAGAGAUAAUGCUAUUGUUAGAUAUAUAUACAUCUAAAGAGAAAGAUUUUCACAGUGGUAAGAAUACAGUGAAGCAUUGUUGGGAGUCAGUUGCUAAUGAAAUGCAGAAAAUGGGACAUGAUAUUAGUGGACAGAAAUGUUGUAUAAAAUUUCAAGCGAUGAAAAGGACUUACAAAUCCAUAAAAGAUCACAACAAGAAAUCAGGAAAUAAUACAAAAAAAUGGGAAUAUUUUGAGCUUAUGGAUAAAAUAUUUAGUGAAAAACCAUGGGUUGAACCAUUAGCAGUUGCUGGUACAAGUUGUAAUACUGACAGUGAAAAUUCCUCUACAGAAGAAAUUCGUGAACAAUUAACGGCAGCAAGAAAAAGAAAAUUAAAUAUAGACAAAUAUUUAGAAGAAAUGUUAGAAGAGAAAAGAUUGAAACGUGAAGCAGAUAAUAAAAAACACACAGAAAAGAUGAAACAACUUGAUGAUAUAAAAAGCUUAUUAAAAAAGCUAAUUGACAAAUAGUUUUAUAUAUGUUUAAUUUUUUAUUUUUAGGGCUCCGACACAAUAAAAGGAAUUUCUUGUUCUUUAUGCAGGAUUCACA